AUGAAGGUCACUGGUCCCGUACCAAUCGCAGCAUUCAUGCGCCAGGUUUUGACUUCCCCAGAUGGCGGAUAUUAUACAACUCGAGGAGAGGGUGGAGGUGUCUUCGGCAAACAUGGUGACUUCGUCACGUCGCCUGAGAUCUCACAGGUCUUCGGGGAAUUGAUCAGUAUAUGGACUAUCGCGGAGUGGAUGGCGCAGGGGCGGGCGAGGAGUGGUGUCCAGCUGAUGGAAGUUGGCCCAGGAAAAGGAACUUUGAUGGAUGAUAUGCUGCGGACUUUCAGAAACUUUAAGAGCUUUUCUUCGAGCGUUGAAGCUAUUUACCUUGUGGAAGCUAGCGGAACUCUCAGAGAAGUGCAGAAGCGGCUGCUGUGCGGCGAGGAGGCAGUGAUGCAGGAGACGGAUAUUGGAUACCGGAGUGUGUGCAAGUACUUUGACGUGCCCAUCGUCUGGGUGGAGGAUAUUCGUCUUCUACCGCAUGAUAUUGGCGACACAGAAGAAGGCAAGACACCCUUCAUCUUCGCGCAUGAAUUCUUCGACGCGCUUCCAAUCCAUGUGUUUGAAUCUGUUCCUCCUUCUCCAGAGAACCAACAGGCCAACGAGCCAAGAACGAUCAUGACUCCCACCGGCCCAGCAGAACUACAUAAUCCGCCCAAGCCCGCGAACACCCCGCAAUGGCGUGAGCUAAUGGUGACAUUAAAUCCAAAAGCUGUCGAAGAGAACAUAGAAGGAGAGCCUGAGUUCCAAUUGACCAGAGCCAAAGCUUCCACGCCGUCGUCAUUAGUGAUCCCAGAGAUCUCUCAGCGUUAUCGCGCACUCAAGUCGCGGCCAGGCUCGACCAUCGAGAUCAGUCCUGAGAGCCGGAUCUAUGCUGCGGACUUUGCGCGACGUAUCGGUGGUGAUUCUGCUUCUGCGCUUGCUGCUAAAAAGACCUCUGGCUCUAGCCCAUCCCCGUCAUCACAGAAGAAGACUCCGUCUGGCGCAGCCCUGAUCAUGGACUACGGGACAUUGUCAACUAUCCCCAUCGACUCUUUGCGCGGAAUCAAAAGCCACCAGAAAGUGGCACCACUUUCAGAACCGGGCCGGGUUGAUGUUAGUGCGGAUGUGGAUUUCACUUCGCUGGCUGAAGCAGCCAUCGAAGGCAGUGAUGGCGUUGAGGUCCACGGUCCUGUUGAACAGGGUGACUUCCUCGGCGCCAUGGGUAUUGAGGAGCGCAUGCAGCAGCUGCUCCGGAGGGUGCAAGAUGAAGAGCACAAAAAUACACUGGAGACUGCCUGGAAGCGAUUGGUAGAGAAGAGCGGCGGGUCAAUGGGACAGAUCUACAAGGUCAUGGCCAUUGUACCCGAAAAUGGAGGACAGAGACGGCCUGUUGGUUUUGGAGGCGGCAUUCAAAUGUAG